UGCGUGUGACGUAUGUGCGUUCGUCUCGGAAGUGGCGGCGGAGGUGUGGUUGCCGGGUGACGGCGGGAUGGGGAAAGAGCAGGAGCUUCUAGAAGCCGCUCGUACCGGUAACCGGGCAGCGGUAGAGAGGUUGUUAGGGGGUAAGAGAUUAAGUGGGGCCGGUCCAGGAGGAGCUUCUGGUGGCGGGACUGGAGCAAGUGGAGGAGGGUCUGGCAGUCACCCACUAAGUACUUUGCUCAGUACAAUCUGGCGAGGACCAAAUGUGAAUUGUGUAGACAGCUCAGGAUAUACUCCUUUACAUCAUGCUGCUUUAAAUGGUCACAAGGAAGUGGUAGAAGUUCUAUUGAGGAAUGAAGCUGUAACAAAUAUUGCAGAUUGUAAAGGAUGUUUCCCUUUGCAUCUAGCCGCCUGGAAAGGAGAUGCCCACAUUGUACAUCUACUUAUUCAUCAAGGACCUUCACAUGCUAAAGUCAAUGAGCAGAAUGGCUCAGAAGUGAAAAAGUAUGGCCCCUUCCAUCCAUAUGUGAAUGCCAAGAAUAAUGACAGUGAGACAGCCCUGCACUGUGCUGCGCAGUAUGGACACACUGAGGUGGUUCGUGUUUUGCUGGAGGAAUUGACGGACCCUACAAUGCGAAACCACAAGAUGGAGACACCUCUUGAUUUAGCAGCAUUGUAUGGGCGUUUGGAAGUAGUGAAGCUACUUCUCAAUGCACACCCUAACCUACUGAGCUGCCACACACGGAAGCACACUCCUUUACAUCUGGCAGCUCGCAAUGGACACCGAGCAGUUGUUAGAGUUUUGUUGGAUGCAGCCAUGGACAUCAACUACACGACAGAAAAAGGAAGUGCGUUACAUGAAGCUGCGUUAUUUGGGAAGGCUGAUGUAGUUCAAGUGCUUCUCGAUGCAGGAAUUGAUGUCAACAUAACAGACAACAAAGGCAUGACAGCUCUGGAUAUUGUUCAAGAAUUACCAUCUCAAAAGAGUCAGCAGAUAGCUUCACUUAUACAGGGUCACAAUUUCACAAGACCAUCAGCAAGAGAACCAGAACUGAAACCCACACCAUUGCCUAGUACAUCCAUUUGUACUGAAUCUCAAGGCGUAGGUAUGCAAAGAGCAUUGCUGGAUUUGCAUUUGGAUUUACACAGCAUAGCUCAGAUGGAAUCUCCUUAUGAAGCUCUGUACAAUGCCGCCUCUUGCCAUUCUUUGGAUAGCAUAUGUAGUGGGCGCUCAUCAGACAGGGAUUCCUUAUGCCGUGAAAAUGCAAAAAUGCCACAUGAAAGGCCACCUCCUCCUGCUAAGCCCCCACCAGAGGAAGAAGAGGCGUUAGGGCAGAAGCAGAGUGUCCAUGGCAAUAUACAUGUUGGUCGGGAGGAGGAGAAUCCUUAUGAACUACUACUUACUGCUGAGACCAAAAGGCCGGAUGAUCAAGGAUUGCUGCACUUGCAGGUGGAAGUUGGUAACUCCCAGCCUCAGGUUCGAGGACGAAUGUCAACACUGCCACAAGAUCAUUGCCGCCCUGCAUACCGACGAGGUUCUUCAGAUCUUUCCAGUGGCCAUUCUGAAGGAGAGUCGCAUGGCUCUGAAAGGCUAAACAGUGGGCAACGAAGGAACAGUUCAGGGGGUUGGAGUUUAGCCUCAUGUGACAGUUCCGAUUCACACAUGCUUCAGCACUUCUCUGGACUCCUGCAUGGUUCUUCUCCGGUUUGUGAAGUUCGAGAUCCUCCUGUUCCCUGUGAACUUCCUUGUGCUGACAGUGAAAGAAAUGGUUCUACUUCUCACAUGGAGAUGCCUCUCCGCCGUAGUCUGUCUAAAUCUGACUCAGACCUGUUAACUUGUUCCCCCCCAGCUGCUGGUGAUGGAGAAGACUGGAACCGCAGUGAGUCUUUUAGCAAUUGUGCCGCUGGGGGCAGCAAGAAAAGAUUAGAGAAGUCUCCUUCCUUCACAUCUGAAUGGGAUGAGAUUGAUAAAAUAAUGAGUUCGAUUGGUCAGGGCAUAGAAUUCUCUCAGGAGCAACAGGUCAUGACAGGUUCCCGUGUGCCUUUUCAGAGUGUAGCCCAGUGGUUAGAGUCUUUGGGUCUUCUACAGUAUGAGAGCAAAUUUGUAUUAAAUGGCUUUGAUGAUGUCCAUUUUUUGGCAAAUAAUAUAUUGGAAGAUCAGGACCUGAUAGACAUUGGGAUCCUGGACCUGCAACAUCGGCGACGACUUCUUCAAGCAGCUCAUUCCUUACCAAAGCCAUUUCCACUUUCAUGGGAUAUGUCUGUAGCCUCUUGGUUACAUACACUGUCCCUUCAGCAGUAUGCUACCAGCUUUCUUAGUAGUGGUUACACUUCUAUGGAAACGCUUCGCAAUUUGUGGGAGCUUGAGAUCGUAAAUGUGUUAAAAGUAAAUUUAUUAGGCCAUCGGAAAAGAAUUUUGGCAUCACUGGCAGAGAGACCAUGUGAGGAUGCUCCACAGAAACCACCUCGAUUCUCUCAGUUACGGUGCCCUGAUGUCCUCCCAUGUUCUAUGCCUUCCAUUCCAUUAGGAGAGCAUGAUACUGGGUUUGAUUCUGGGAGAAGUAGAUCUGAAGGGUUAGAAAGCAGAGCGCGCCACAAGGUGCAAACAUCUUUAAAGGAGGAAGAAACUAAAUUAACCUUGCGGCCUCCCAGCUCAGCUACUUCAUAUGCUUCCUUACAAAACUGGCAGCACCAACCCGAAAAACUAAUAUUUGAGUCAUGUGGUUAUGAAGCCAGCUAUUUAGGAUCAAUGCAAAUUAAAGAUCUUCGAGGGACAAAAUCCACCCAAGAUGCUUGUGCCAAAAUGAGGAAGUCCACAGAGCACAUGAAGAAAAUUCCAAGAAUUACCCUUUCCAUAAGCUACAAAGGAGUGAAGUUCAUCGAUGCUUCAAAUCAGAAUGUAAUUGCUGAACAUGAGAUCCGGAACAUAUCUUGUGCAGCUCAGGAUCCUGAAGACCUAUGUACUUUUGCCUACAUCACAAAGGAUCUGCAGACCAGCCAUCAUUACUGCCAUGUUUUUGGUACUGCAGAUGUGAACCAGGCCUAUGAAAUAAUUCUUACACUAGGUCAGGCUUUUGAAGUUGCAUAUCAACUGGCAAUACAGGCUCAGAAAUCCUGUCGCCCUGAAGCAGUAGUCUCUCGAACCUCAAAACCCGUUCCCAAACCACGUGGCAGUAUACGGAGACAACCUAUAGAGUCUUCACAAUGUGAACAGCCAGUAGUCUCUCAUGGAAGUGUAUCAUGGACAGUGGAUCCUAAACCAUAGUACUGAGCCAAGAUGUUACAACUUCCUUACUGCAUACUGCAGUCGAAGGACCUCUGCAGUUCUUCAGUUUUCCUCUGGUACCAUAUCUCCUGGGAAAAGCAUUUAAAAAAUUGGAGCCCCGACUGACUGAGGAAAUGGAGUUAUCCUGUACUGUUAUUUUAAUUCAGAACUAACAAGUUGUAUUAAAAGGGAUCCCAAUAAUCAUUUGUUUUAUUGAAGAAAAACUUAGGCAUAUAAGGAAAAUAUGUGAUGUCACGUUAUUCCUCCAAUACUACUUUAACAUGUAGCGUUCAAAUCCCUGCAGCACAGAGAAUACUCUCUGUUUAUACUUAUUUCUUUUACCAGGUGGUUUCAGCUUAACCACUCCCGAUCACAUUGUAGCACUUUUUUGAGAAUAAGGGUAACUGUUCAGGACAUGACCAUUGAAGGCAUUGUAAGAAAUAUAUUGUGUGUGUUUGUUUCUUCCUAAAUAAGAUAGCCUAAUAAACUUAAUGAACUAUUCUUUACCUUUUAGCUACUAAUCAAAUACAUUUUUAUAAUUGAAAUGUAAUCCCGUGCAUAGUCUGUAUUAUGUGUUAAGGCAGGGCUUUAGUGUCAGGUAUUUUGUGGUGUGUCAGAUGGGCUAUAAAGCAAAUGUUUUAAUAAUCAGUGAAUAGGCAUUUAAUUAUGGAGAACAUGUUGCCAAGACUGAUUUUGAGAUUGAUACCAUGAAGAAUUGCUUAUUGCCUUAAGUCCUUUAAACAUAUGCAUGGUACUUGUUUUUAAUUUUGUUAAAUGAAAGCAGUUUUGCAUACUAGAGCAUUACAUCUUAGAGUAUGUUUUUAGCAUUCUGUUGUUACUUGUUGAGCAUAUUAAUAAUUGCCAAACACCAUUUCUCACAAAUCCCAAAAGGUUAUGUCACCAGUUAUCAUGCUGUCAUCCUAAUUUUUUUUUAUUAGUUUUAAUAAGUAAAUGUUUAUUUUUGGUUGUUUUUUUUCAUAUAUUUUAUGGGAGGAGCUGUAGGAGGGCAUAGGAAAUAUCAAAGACGGUACAUUCAUCAUCAAUAUUAUUUCUUUUUUAUAUGACCAUUUAUCUUUGGAAAAUAAUACUAUUUUCCAUUUCAAAUAAUAAAAAAUAAUCUCAGCUCUUCCAACCUGCUAACUUGAUGGCACCCUAGCAGAGUUUAACUCUGGAAGACAGGUUCUUACUGACUUUAAGGUACUUCAGUGUAUUUGGCAAAAGUUUUGUGCCUAAUAUACCAUUACACUAACAUUUUAGUCAGCACUAGUUUGAAGCUGCUAUAUCUAAUCCUGUAUUUAUCCUGUAGUGUAUGAUCAGUAUUUUAAGUUGAAUAUGAUAAUAUUGAUAUGCAUUUUAUAAGCAGUACAGUUGACCCUAUUCCCUAAUGAUGGGGAUUCUAGCCUUCUAGUUAUUAUAAUCCUAAAAAAGAUAGUAGGUGGGGUUUCUCAAGAGGGGGCACUGUUGUCUUUAAAAUUGGACAUUUUCUACUGGUGAGGAAUGUUUCUGCGGGAUGAAAUUGGACAUACUGAACUGUUUAAUCAUGCUGAAAAUCACUUUACUGAGCAAGUGAGGAAAGCACAUCUGUAUAAGGAGGCUGAGUUUCUUACAUGAAUAAUGUGCUGCGCUGUAAAAAAAAAAAUGUUUACACUAAUAAUUAACUGUGUAUCUAUACAACUCUUUACAAAGGUACAAGAAAGUGCUUCUACAUUAAACAUAUUACCCUGCACAA